GCACACGUCAAAUUUCCGCCCGACUACCCGUACUCGCCGCCGUCGGUGCGGUUCCUGACCAAAGUGUGGCACCCCAACGUCUACGAGAACGGCGACCUGUGCAUCUCCAUCCUCCACCCGCCCGUCGACGACCCUCAGAGCGGGGAGCUGCCCUGCGAGCGCUGGAACCCCACACAGAAUGUGCGCACAGUUUUGCUGUCAGUGAUCUCCUUGCUAAAUGAACCCAACACCUAUUCUCCCGCCAACGUUGAUGCCUCUGUCAUGUAUCGCCGCUGGAGGGAUUCCAAGGGCAAGGACAAGGAGUAUGAAAAUAUAAUCAGGAAACAAGUGACUUCAUCGCGUAGUGAGGCUGAGCGUGAUGGCGUCGUAGUUCCGCUGACUCUAGAAGAUUACUGUAUCAAGACCAAGGUCAAGCCUGAUACAGAACCCGUAGAUAUGGCGGACUUCUAUGACGAUGACUAUGAUAUUGACGAUGACGAUGAUGAUGACGAGGAGCUUUCAGAUAAUGAUAUCGAUGAUGGAGAUGACAGCGGUAAUGGAGAAUCGUGAUAGGCUCGUAGACUGAAUAUGGUGGAAGUUGUAGUUGAAGGCCCGAAUGCUUAAACAUCCCCAGGGGAAUAGAUUAAAAAACAUACAAAAACUAAAAAAAAAAAAACUAAAAAAAAAAAAAAAAAAUUCCCCCAUCUCAUUUUAACUUCUCUUACAUCUCUCCAAAAAAGGCAAAAUGAGCUUUGUUUGAAUUAAGAGAAAAGAAGACAAAUAAAGGAAGGAUAGUUAAUAUUGCUCUUACCACGUGGGUAUUCAACCCUGCAUUGAGUCUCCAGCCGUGCUUUAAGGAUUCGGGCAGAAGAGAAGUCAGGUCUGAGGUAGUGAGACCAUGAGCUCCCCCACACAUCACCGCCACUGUCAACUUGCCCCUAAUAUGUAUAUAUAUUUUUUUCCAUUUUUUUUUUUUUUUUUUUUUUUUUUUUUUUUUUUUUUUUUUUUUUUAAUCCUUCACCACAUUAAUAGCAUGCCAUUCUAGAAAGGAUAUACAUGAUUAUGUGGAGUUUAAUUUCAUCUUUACAUUGUGUAUCUGUGACAAAAUGUAAAGCCCACAAAUACAGUGAUCUUCAUCCUUGUUAGAAUACGGUGGAGACAUCUGUUGUUUCUGCUUGAAGGCAAUGUGUUAAGGCUGUAAAAGGUUGCUGGCUUGAUUGUCCUUGUGUCAAGCCAGUACACGUUGCAAACAUGAAUGGAGUGCUUGGAUUUGCCGAUUGAUAUAUCUGUAUGUGUGUAAUACAUCUAAGAGAGCAAGAGAGAGUGUGUGUAUGUAUGUAUGUAUUGCCUGUGUGUGUAAGUGUGUGUGUGUAUAGUGUUUGGGAAAAGAAUGAAUGCCAUUAAUAGAAAAAUUGUAAUUUCAUGUGAAUAUACAGAAAACAUCACUGAUUGUCUUUUAUUAUUAUUAUUAUUUUCUUAUGUCAUUAAUUUAUUUGAGAUGACAAGUGCUGGGAGAUAAUUUUAAUAGAAAAUGACUCAUUUAAGUCUUUCUUAUUUACUGGCCUCAAGGGUCCCCAACAUGCGAAGCAUAUUAUAUAGACUAUUUUUUUUUUCUUUCUUUCUUCAAUUGUAUUCUUCUAUGUGAUGACAUUUAUUAAUCUGAUCUUACUGGCAGUGUACCAAUUAACACAAAAUGCCUAAGCCUGUCUGCCUCAACAUUAAUUUUGUUCAUCCAAUUUUUUUUCAGUAGGAAUCGGAGAUCAGGUGGUUCAGUUGAUCAGAAGGUAUUAUUGAAAAAAAGCAAAAAAAAAAAAAAACUCAGCCUUACAGUUUUGUGCCUGGAUGACAAGCAAAGUGUAUACUGAGUAUUGCCGUUGGCAGCUGUAUGAGAGACACAGGUAUUCAUAUGCAGUACACAACAUUCAAUACACACACACAUUAAAUAAAUAUAUGAAUAGUUUAUAUGUAUAUGAGUAUUUGUAUAUGUAUGUCCCCUUAGCACCUGGUGCUCACUAUACAAGUCGAGGAGACUAGGAUGUUCUUACUAAGCAGAGAGGUUGUAUCCCCCGGAUGCCAAGUGCAAACACCGAGAUCUCCAAGAAAUUUCUAAAGGGUACUCAAUGUUAAGGAGUUUGAAUUUGUAUAUAAUGUAUAUGUAUACACAUCUGUACAUGUAUACAUUUAUGUACAUGUUUAUGUAUACAUAUAUGUAUGUACACAUACAUAGAUACAUACAUACAUACAUAUAGAUAGGUAGAUAUUAAAUAUAUCUAUUCAAAAGAUCACACAGAUUCUCAAAAUAAAUACACACACAUAAAUCAUAAAAGAGUAGGAGCAUGCAUGUAUAUGUAUUUAUUUUACAUGUGCACACAUGUUUUCACAUACAGUAAUACUGAUAAGGUGAAGUGGUUGGACUCUGUACAAUAAGGCAAUACUUUUAGGUGAACAAUAUUUCAUGUCAUCAUUUAGUUUAAAUGUUGUGUUUGUGAGAAGAGAGGGAAUAUACAGGUUUGGGUUCUCCAUUGGACAUUUGGUGAUUAAAUUGAGGAGAUGCAUAAUUAAAGAUGUUUAAAAAUAUUCAGUAUUUUGAGUUGUAUUUUGUAAACAAGCAUUCAGAUCAUACCUAAUCUGUGUGGAAGCUGCAGCUGCCUCACUUCUUCUCACAAGUGUUUAUUCCAUCCAGACUGAGGGAUAUACUUUUUCAGCAUGUACAAUUAAUAUGAAAAAAAAAUCAAUAAAAAUCUUGUAGAUAUAAAUAAAACAAUGUUUCUCUUCCUAUGAUUUGCUUUUUUUUUUCUUUUCUUUUUAUUUUUUUUUAUAGAGAGAUAGUAACUUCUUUUGAUAUCACUUUUUUCUGCAAAUGCCACUCUAAAAAGCAGUAUAUAUAUAAUCUCAUGGAAUAUGACUUUGACGAUUUGAAUUUGUUUUUAAGCCACCAAGAAGAUGAGGUAGAAGACUUAACUGCCUUAAGGGUUCAUUGUACAUAAUUCAUUGUCAUAUUUAUAAUCACCAUUUUCUGUGGAUUAAUGCUAGGAGGUGUGUUACCAAAAUGGAAGAAAAAAGGAAAAAAUAGUAAAUUUCCCUAUUAUGCAGUCGUGAAAAGUGCCAGUGUUAUGUUGAAGAGUUGUCUUGUCUGUUUCUUGCAUCUCAAGGUGAAUAUUUUUUACGAGGAACUGAAAGAGCACCUGCUUACUGGUCCCUCCAUGAAGUACCUUUUGUACAUCGUAUUUGCUCACUUUUCUUUGGUCUAUAAUUUCUGUAUGCUUUUUUUUCCUUCUUUGUAUUAUAGCUUCACUAGUUUUUUUAUAAGAAUAAUAAAUGAAAUAGGGUAAGAUUGGAGGAGUUCCUGAUAGGUGUUGUACUUUUUUUUGAAUUAUGAUUAUGUAGCCAUUUCUGGAUUCCUUGUAUUUUUGUAUUGUCUAUGAGGAAGGUGUUAAUGGAAUGCACUUUUCAAGAAAAAGAGAAAGUCACAAGCUAAUGUGUACUCCAAGCUUUUCAGCAACAGUUCAGGUAUUUAAUUUGUAGCACAGAUCAGAUACAUUGUUUUAUGAAUGCUGGUACACGUUAUGGAAACCGCAUUUGUAACUAAUGCUGCUCAUAAUUUUUCGUUUGAAUUCCUGAGCCAUUUGUCGUACAGUAAAGGACUUGGCAACAGACUGCUGCACUUUUGUAUGGUGACUUGUAAUGACUGCAGGCUUCAUUUAGUGGAAUAAAGAAAUUGUUACAAAAUGAAA